AUGGACAAUCUUGAAAGUAUCAGAUCAAUCGUGGAAGAAUUCAAGAUUCCAGACAAAUGUCUCCGUCUCUACGAUGUUGACCCUUCGACUUUGUCUGAGUAUGUACAGGUAGCACUAGUGCCCAAUUCCAAGCGGUACACGCAGAUGCCAGUGAUAAUUGCUGCAAAUCAUGAAUUUCACUAUGAAGACGAAGACCAUCCCAUGAUACAACAUACGCUGGAACAAACGAUUCUUCUGGAGAAACAGUAUGAAGAUGAGAGCCCGGAUGUCGCUGAUUUGAGUGACACUAUGAACUAUAAUCCUUCUGACAAUGACUACAAUAAUGUAAAUAAUGUCAAGUGUGAAGUUGAUGAUAUUGGAACUAGCAAUGUUAAUAUUAAUAGUGUCAAUGACAUUGGUAACGCUAAUUCUAACACCAGAGAUAGCCACUUCGAUACCAAUAUCAAUACAAUAGUUAAUGACAAUGAUAACUACAACAUAAGUGAAGAUCACAAUGAUAAUUUUGAUGAUAUUGAUGUUUAUGAUCUUCAUGUUAAUGAUACUAUUAGUUCCAUUGCUGAUUCCCCAGUCAAUACACAAUUUUCGUUACCUUUGCCUGCCAUACAUGAUAAAUCAUU